GCAGGAAGGUUUCAAUGCAGGUGCACGUGUUGACGCUGCUUCAGCUGCACGAGGCAACAACAAGGUUCGAAGAUGGAGAAACCUCGCGUUCCGCAGGUUCUGAGUCACUGACAGGUCCGAGCGCAGGGAAGCGCUGAUGCGAGGGUCGCAGCUCGGUGACACCGGACACCGGACCGCUCCUCACAAAUAGACUCGCGGCUCCGCGGAUCAAAAGGACUCGGCUGCGCGCGACGGCGCUCAGUUGCUGCGCGUCCUCCGAGCGGCACCAGCAUGUCGGACCAGUCGGCGUUCGACACGGACGUAUGGACCCUGACCCGGUUCGUCAUGGAGACCGGGCGCCAGGCGAAGGGGGCGACGGGCGAGCUGACGCAGCUCAUCAACGCCAUGCUCACGGCCAUCAAGGCCAUUUCCUCCGCCGUGCGCAAAGCGGGCCUGGCCCACCUGCAGGGCAUGGCGGGCUCCGUGAACGUGACGGGCGACGACGUGAAGAAGCUGGACGUGCUGUCCAACGCCCUGGUGAUCAACAUGCUGCAGGCGUCCUACAGCACGUGCUGCAUGGUGUCUGAGGAGAACAAGGAGCUCAUCGUCACCCCCAGGGACAAGAGGGGGAAGUACGUGGUCUGCUUUGACCCCCUGGACGGCUCCAGUAACAUCGACUGCUUGGCUUCAAUCGGCACCAUCUUUGCAAUAUACAAACGGACGACAGAGGGGGAACCAACGGAUCAAGACGCUCUGCAGCCAGGAACCAACAUUGUGUGCGCCGGCUACGCCCUGUACGGCAGCGCCACCCUGGUGGCGCUCAGCACCGGCGCCGGCCUGAACUUCUUCAUGCUGGACCCUGCCAUUGGCGAGUUCAUCCUGACUGAGAGGAAUGUGAGAAUGAAGCCAAAAGGAAAGAUCUACAGUUUGAACGAGGGCUAUGCCAAGUACUUCCACUGCUCCAUCAACGAGUACCUCAAGUCCAAGAAGUACCCGGAGGACGGCAGCGCCCCCUACGGAGCUCGCUACGUGGGCUCCAUGGUCUCGGACAUUCACCGCACCAUCGCCUACGGAGGCAUCUUCAUGUAUCCUGCCAAUGAGAAGAGCCCCAAAGGAAAGCUGCGGCUGCUGUACGAGUGCAACCCCAUCGCCUUCCUGGUGGAGCAGGCGGGCGGCUCGGCCACCACCGGCACCCAGCGGGUUCUGGACGUGCAGCCCGAGGCGCUCCACCAGCGCGUGCCCUUCGUGGUGGGCUCCACCGACGACGUCGACGAGUACCUGUCCUUCGUCAAGAGGUUCCCCUGAAGCUCGGCAGCGUAGUUCACGUUCCCACGGGGAAAAGGUCAGAGUAAUGAUGGCGUCUUCACAGACGAACAAUUUGGGAUCUCAGCAUCACAAGUUGCAGAGUAAGUGAUGAGCUCAGCAUCAGAAGAAGCACUUUGCUCUGUCUCAAAAAAGGAGGAAGAGUCCACAAAACACCUAGAGUAGAAUGUUAUUUUUAGCAUCCAGACACAGUUCUUACUGUAAGGCUGCUCCUCUUUUUUUCUUAUCAUGGUUCAUUUUAUUGAACCUAAAUAAGAAUAUGACUAUGACUUGUUUCUGCCUAAAACUACAAAAAUAAAAAUGUCUCAAGGUGAAA